AUGGAUCAAGACCGUUUCAAACUCAUAUUUUUCGCCCCGCUAUCUCAUGUGGAAGCCUGUAAAGAUGCUGUCUUCGAUGCCGGUGCUGGGCAGUACCCACAAGGAAAAUACAGCCGGGUCUGUUUUCAGUCUCCGGGCACCGGCCAGUUUCUCCCCGGAGACGGUGCGAAUCCAAACAUUGGUAAAGUCGGUGCGCUCGAGUUUGUGGAAGAAAUGCGCGUGGAGGUUCUUUGCUUGGGAAGAUCUACAAUGCAGGAAGCUGUAAAGGCGCUGAUUAAGGCUCAUCCGUACGAGGAGCCUGGUUAUGAGGUUUACAAACUGGAGAAUGUUUGA